AUGCUGCCUCUUCUCCUUCUCGCCGUCCUUCCCCUCUUGGUUUGCUCUCAAGUACGCGCUGCUUCCUUCACUCCUGCUAGCAUCCCUCUUGCAGUCCGCUCCCCCUAUGUCAACGCCUGGCAGAUCUCGACGAAUGGAUCAGCACCACUCUCCAAUUCGUGGGCCAACUUCUGGUCUCAAACGGUUCCGGACCUGGGCUGGAGAGGCAAGAUUCGAAUUGACGGGACGGUGUACAACUGGAUGGGCGGUGACCUUAUCCCACCUACGGCAAACAUCACCGCUGUGCAAGUCACCCCAACAAGAAGUAUCUACUCCAUGCAGGUGGGCCCGAUGACCCUCACAAUCACUUUCCUAUCCCCUCUCGAGCCCUCCGACUGGGUUAAGCAGUCCAUUCCUCUCUCAUACGUUGCCUUGGAGGUGACCGCGAACGACAACGCGGUCCACACCGUGCAAGUAUACAGCGAUAUCACAGCCGUCCAAUGGCUGUCGCCCAACCUGACCAGCCCUGUGAACUGGACCUCGGUGACCACGAGCAGCAGCAUCUACCACGAAGUCGACUUCAUCACCCCAGCACCGUUCACAGAGCUCAGCGACCGCGCAAUGGACGGGCGCGCGUUCUACGCGACGGCAGCAGUACCGAACCUCUCGUGGCAGGUCGGCGAGUCUCCGGACGCCCGCAACAACUUCAAUACCAGCGGCCAUCUGCCCAACACUGUUCUGAACACGCAACCACCCCACGGGCUCGACUUCCUCGUCUUCGGCCUCGCCAUCGACCUGGGCACAAUCAGCAAGACUUCGCAGCCUGUGUCCUGGGUGGUGGGGAACCUCCGCAAUCCGGCAAUCCGGUAUGUGACACCCACCGGAGAGACCCAAGACCGAGUCCCUUACUACGCCACGCAAUACUCGUCUGCCGCCGAUGUGAUCGACGCGUUCACCACCGGCUAUUCGGAUGCUCUGGCGCGCGCGAUUGCGCUAGACAACAAGAUCACGGGAGACGCGGGCAAGAUCUCGUCCGAAUACGUCGACUUGGUCUCGCUCAGCACGCACGGUAGCGUGAAUGCGUCGGACGUGAUGGUCUUCAUGCGCGACAUCGGCACCUCGUCGCGCAUCAACCCUGUUGAGCGCAUGUACGCCUCGUUUCCGGCGUUCCUGUAUCUGAACGCGUCGCUCGCUGGGGCCAUAUUGCGCCCGCUGCUGCAGUCGCAAUCGCAACUGGCGCUUCCUUAUGCAGUGCAAGAUCUCGGUUUGCAGUACCCCAUCGCUUCGGGAGGUCGAGGAGGACAGUCCGAAGGCGUGGAAGAGACCGGAAAUAUGUUGAUCAUGAUGUACGCGCACGCCAAGGCUUCUGGCGAUGGCACGCUGCUCGCGCAGAACUACCAUCUUGCCAAGAAGUGGGCUGACUACCUUGUGUCGAACAACAAUGCCGUCCUCAUACCCAACCAAGUGUCUGCCGACGGCAUGAUAGCAGCCAACAUGACGAACCUCGCGAUCAAGGGUAUCAUCGCAGUAAAGGCCAUGGCUGAGAUUAGUCGCGUGUUCGGCGCGGUCGACGACGCAAACAUGUACGACCGACUCCAGCAAGCACAUUCUCGGACAGUACGGGAGCUCCACUCAUGGGCGCUCAUGUACAACCUUUACCCCGACGUGCUGCUUGGGACGGCCUCGUUCCGCAAUCGGUCAGUACCGCUCCCGCGUUUCCCGAACAUCCCUGUAGCUCAACCUCCACAGCUUCUUGCCAGCCAGACACAGUACUACAAAUCGCUGCUUCAGAACGACGUGCAUGCAGCUUGUUCUUCUAGCCUGGCUCUUGUUCACGAGCGCGACUCUCUCCGAAAACGACACAUCGAUCAGAGACUCCAUGAUGUCCGGGGCAUGGAUCGGGCCUCCUACAACGGCGUUCAGGGUGCGAUGCCCGACGACUACCAGUGCGCGACGGGGCCAGUGGUACUGGCGCGGCAGGCCCUGAACGUGAUGAACAGCUCUUCCAUCAACGUGCCGUUCAACGGCUCCGCCGGAACCACGGACUCCACCCCCACUGGGACUGGCAAUGGAAAUCCGAACGGCGAGAACAACAACAAUCCCAAGACGUCCAACGUUGGCCCCAUCGUCGGCGGUGUCGUCGGCGGUGUCGCUAUCCUUGUCAUCGCGGGCGUAGCCUUCUGGUACUUCCAACGGCUGCGACGCGCCUCCUCCGACGUCGUCGCAAACCCGUACGACCGCGCUGCGCCCCCAUUCUCGGAGUCGCAGCUGCUCCUACACACUCCCGCACACUCGCCCCACAGCGCGCACUGGAUCUCCCCGUACGUCCUCGAAGUCUCAGAGGCCUCGCCCGCACCGCUCGCGCCGAACCGCCGCCCCGCGCCCACGCCCGCGGUCGGCCCACAAUCCUCGAAAGCACGCGAAGCCGCGACGAACCAGGCGCGGCACCACGACGCCACCGCCGCCGACAGCCUCGACCCCAACCCGAUGUCGUCGGACGGCGGUCGGCUGACACCGCAUGUAGGGAGCGAUUGGGAGGACGGCCAGUCGGCGACGACCGGUGGGAUGAUGUUGGACCUGCGGGAGGAGGUCGAGCACCUGCGGGCGGUUAUGGGCGAGCUCCGCGAGCAGAGGCUUGAACCGCCGCCUCAGUACGCUUUGUAG